CAUAAACGUGUUGGGCAGAAAAGUUGGAAAAGCCACAAAAAUACGGCAUCGAAACCAAGCGAAACUAUUUCCGAGAGGUGCUGCUGAUUCCCCGCUACGCGCAGCUGAAAAAUAAUGGACGAUGGUUUAGCAACUGCAACCAUUGAUGCUGUCCGUAGCCCCGAAAAACCAGAUUCUCAAAGCAUCCAAAUCAAAGAAGCCAACAGCAACCCGAUUUCACACCAGUCAUCACUACCGCCGACAGAUGUGUCACCAUCAUCUGCCGAUGAUAAAGCCCAAAACAGUAGUGCGGAGUCGAAUCAGCACCAUGGAGGUGAAUAUGAACUUGGCUCGUUAUCUACCCACUCCGACCUCAACGGGGACGCAAAGGAGGAGGUGGAUGAUGCGGAUAUGCUCAGCACUAAAGUUACGACCGAAGAUCGGUUACUCCCAGAUACGCUUCCAAGUGAAGAGCCCAGUCAAACGUGCUCGAAAGAAGAUUCGGAAGAAAGCCAUCUACCGAAGGGAAAUGAUGCUGUGAAUGCAAUAGAAACAAGUGAUGAUGCUUCUUUGCAAAAUGAACCCAUCGAUAAAGUGCCGGUGGAUUCGAAGUGCAAAGCGAGUGAUCAAUUGAACGGAGAAGAUCCAGGGUUGUCCCUAGAAAAUAUCGACACAAGCGGGACAACAAGUGAUGUUGCGCGAGGAAAUGUGCCCAGUUGUGAUGAACAAAUCGUCAACAAUGACGAAGUACGAACAGCAGAGCAAACUAGUAGUCCCGUUGAACAAUCGGUGAAUGAAGAAUUACGGACGGGAGCGAAUGAUAGUGAAGUGGAGUUAAGUCAGAACAAGUGUGAUCCUGCGUCGCAAAAGAUGAUCCCCAUAGAAGAAGGCGUGGCGACGGAAGAAAAGCAAGCUAUGCUCAGGUUGCAAGGGGCAACUGAGAUUAGUGAUGCUGAUGCGAUUAGUGCAGAUAGUAUAGCAUUUAAAAGCCGGCCAAUCGAUAUACAAACCAGGUUGGCACCAGAAGAUGAACAAGGCGAAGUUCAACCGAUGGAAAUGAUGAGUAGAGGUAUUGCAGCAACGAAUCUACUAAAACGUCGUGCAUCAGAAACGCCACUGCAAGAUGAAGGCGACUGUCGCAGAACAACGUUGGAUGGUGAAUUACAAUCGUGGUUUCCAAAGCAAAUGAAAAUGUGCGAUGAAAUAGCAACAGAACCAACUGCGGAUGAGAUGUCCAUCGCGGAACCCGAAGUGAAUAAUGCCCAUGAGUCGGAACCUAACACACAUCCGGUCAAUGCAAACCAAAUGCAAAUGAGCGAUGAAAUAGCAACAGAACCAACUGCGGAUAAAAAGUCCAUAGCGGAACCCGAAGAGAAUAUUGCCCAUGAGUCGGAACUAAACACACAUGCGGACACCAUCUCACACCACAGUUCGAUGGAUUCUAGUAAAUUACCUACACACAUGCUCAACGAUUUUCCAGCGGAUCAGCCACCAACAGCAUCAAAGCCACCCUGUAGCAGCAACCUGGAAACGGCAAAUGAAGCUACUGCAGUUCAAGAGUCGCAUGCCGAGAACGAAGAAAAUAGCAGCAGCGAUAGUUCUAGUUCCUCUGAAAGUUCUUCAUCGUCAUCGUCCUCCUCUUCGUCUUCGGAAAGUGAUGACUCGGAUGAUGAGGCAGAAGAUUCGCAGAAAGAUACCUCCGAGAAAAAGGUAGCGGCGGAGAAUGAACCCGCAGCGAUGGGGUAUCAGGCGCAUCAGCCUGCACCACCAACAGCACCAAAAGAAUGUCUCGAAAUACCGGAAGCCCCCAACAACCACAGUGGCGCCGAGAGCAGUCGAGACAGCACCGCGAUGGAAAUAGGUGAAUCUGGAGAUUCUUAUGAGGAAGAUGAACAUGAGGGAGUGAAAAAUCAAGAAGAUGAAGCGAAAAUAACGCGCAGUGAGGGAUUGAAACUUUCCAUUUCCCUAAAACGAUCGUCUAACGUUGCGACACCAACUGGGCACAAAGACGAGUCAGUGGCAACAAAAUCGAAGCCCACUACGUUGGGAGCAGCUGCAACGCUACUACCGCAGCCGGUUGAUUUCAGUAAUCUGCUUAAGCAGGGCUUGUUUAAUGAACGGCGAGAAUUGAUCAAAAUUGAUUACAAUCAUGCAAACAACAUCAAUGAUCAUCAUCAUCAGCAGCAACAGCAGCAACCACCUUUGAUUCACCCGCAGCAAUAUCCUUUGCAACACUGGAGUGAACGAACCGUCACAUCUGACAGUGCGGGGAACAACGUGGGGGCUUUCAACCAUUUUACGGGCACAAAUGCAACUUCAGUGUCGCGGUUACUUCCACCCACUUUGGACGAGUCGUCUGAUACCAUGGAUGAAGACAAUCGAUUGGUGAUAGCCGAGAAGCAGCAGCGACGAUACAGAAAAAAGGCCAACAAUGGCAAUCAAUCUUCACUGUUGCAAACGGCACUUGCUACAUCGGGAAAGCUGAAUGCGGCAGCUACAGUUGCCACUUACAAUCAACAGCUGCUUCAGCUGCAGGAACAGUACAGGCAAGCUCAGCGCCAACAGUCACUCCCCUACCCAAUGCAAACUGUUCCACCACAGCUAAUGCAGAAUUUCGGUCGAAUACCUGGUGAUUAUGGUGGUGGUACUUAUGCCGGUGAUACUGCGACCAUGGCAGGGAACGUUAAUGCACACCCGUCUUAUAAUACACUUACGCCAUCGAUGAACGCUGGAUUGCAGCAUCCUUCGUCACUGUUUACAGCAUCGCAUAUGACCGUUGGAAAACCUGAGCUUAACACUACAAAAGCUAACAAUAAGUCUGGCGAAUCGAGGAAGAAAAGUAAAACCAAAGCAGGGACUGCUGCUGUUCCUAGAGAGCCAAUUGCGCAUGCACCAUCGCUUAAGAAAAACAAGGCGUCUAAAAAGGUGAUAAGCGAUGCAAUCAUCCAGCAGCAAACGCACCACACCUCGGCCACUAGCUUGGCGAAGGCAGCAAUCGAGAGUUCUGCUGCAGUGCCUACAACAACCACUGCACAAUUGCCGUUGGAGAGGAAAAAGGAUAAGAAAAAGGUUUUCCUAUGCUCUGCAUGCGGAACACAUUACGAAAACUGGAAUCUGUUUGUCCAUAUGCUAGAAGUGCACCGAAAACACAUCUGUCUAUACUGCCUGGGUAUCUUUCAAUCCGCCGAUCGGUUAGUUAACCACUUGGAAACGAAACACAGCGUGAUGAGGAAGCAGUACAGUGGUUUAGCCGAAUACAUACAACAUCAUCAACGGCAGAGGAUUGUGGCAAAAUUUGGCGAAUCUACAAUCCGUCCUGAACAAUUGGAAGAGCUUGCUUCGAAAGCGAGUAUGGGACAUCAACAAUUCUUUUUGAUGUGUUCUCGGUGUGAACAUCUGUUUGAAUGUUCCGGUAAUCCGAUAGCGAAUGACGAAGAACACAUCAUUAAGCACAAUUGUGCUGACUUUGUGCAAGCAUGCAGCAACUGCGGUGAACUUAAGAUGUCCAAACAUCGAUGUGGAGGAAUGAAAGGUGAAGAAGACGGCCUGGGACUAACGAAGAAGAAACAGCCGAAGAAAACGGUACCCAAGGGGGUAAGCGAUAUCAACAAACCAUCGCUACCAUCGGAUGCUGCCAGAGCAAUGGUGGAUGUAAAUGGGGUUUUAACAGAUCAGAACGGUUACCCUUCGACGGCGUCGUACUAUUUUCACAAUCAAAACCAGCACAAUGUUCCGAUGCCCGGUAAUGGCGGCGAGUGGGGCGGUUUUAAUCGAUCUGCAGGAUUGUCGAUCGAUGAUCAGCGUUAUCUGUUUCCCAAUAAGCACACCGAAACACAGCAUCAACAUGAAAUGCAGCGGCUUCAAGAUUCGAAUGUGAAUGAUCACCACCGAACACCACCAUCGGCACCGCUGCAAUCGGUUCAGUCGAGCAUUCUAUCCUCGAUGCCGUCGCGGGAUGGGGCGGUGUCUGCUGAACCACAUGCAACCAUAAACGGCGAACAUUAUGCGGAUGAACCGGAGCAGAAUGUUGUUCCUUCUGUGGUACUACCUCCCAGCGAUAAUUCAGUUGAAGACACGGGAAAGAUGGCAUCAGAGUCUAGUAAUCCUCCAGCUAUCGCCGUGACUCCUUUAGUGCCAAAGUUAAAGGUAAAAAUCCCCAUUCAAUAUAUCAACUCAAUUGAAAGUGAAGAAUCGUCUAGCGACAGUGAAUUAGAUGAAGAAGAGGAGGGGGAGGAAGAAGAAGAUGAAUAUGACGAUGAAGAGGAAGAUGACAAUGAUGAAAAAGAAAAGACAAGUAAGGAGGAUGAACGCUCGUCUGAUGCUGUUAUUCCGGCUGCUGCUGUUGCUGCCGCUGAAUCAUCCUCAAGUGUCAGUGAGAACUAUGAUGCGCCCUUAGCUGUUCCCGAAAGCAGUGCGAAUCCCGCAAAUCAGCAGUUCACUACAGAAGACUCCCUGAAGCUUGACAGUCAAGAGCCAGUUCGUGUGGAAACUGAUAGCACUGCACCACAAGCAACGGAACCGAUCGACGAUAAAGAUGAAGUGGAAACCAACGAUAUGUCAUCAGAACAGCAAGAGGAUGUACCGAUGGAUAUUGACGAAUCCAUCUCGGGGCAUAUUCACCGAGUGCAACAACCGCAAAGUGUAGUAGCAGAGCCAACGCAAGAUAUUCAAGCAUCAUCAACGACGAAUGAUCAACAGCACUCGUCUACUGUCGGUGCAGAUGUUGAACACGGAGAACAUCAGAAUACUAGCGCUGUUUCUAUGGAAACUGAUCCAGUGAAAGAUGACGACAAAGAGGCGACGGUGGAAAAUGUCGAUUCGCAGGACCAGCAACAAGUAGAUACGCCAUCGGUGUUUGCUGGAAUCGGGUCUCCAGCAACCAGUCGCAAUGACAUUGAAUGUGAGAAAGACAGCAAGGAAGCCGAUAUAGACGACGAAUCCAAUGCGUCAAAAGUGUUUGAACCGACAAAUGAUCCGAUGCCAACAGAAGAGAACAAAACUACCCCCACCGAUCCAGAUGGCCUCGUGAUAGCCGAUGAUGACGCUCAGUUGUUUCAUCUUACGCUGGAUGAACCUUUGGAUCGGAUUCCAGUGCGCGAGUUUGUUAAAAUAUGUCUUCGAGAAACGGCACGCUUCUGUCUGUACUGUAAUCAUGCGCGGAGGAUCGCCGUCAACGGCAGACAGCUCGUACUGCACAUCAUAGCUAUGCACCGUUUUCAGGCCACGGUCAACAGUAUCACCGGAGAGGAGUUGCUGCCCGAUACGAUCUUGCAUCGUUUCCGUUCCUCGCUUAACGAUCUCGAAGGCGCCUACCUGAACGUGGAGACGUUCGACGACAGCUGGUCGCUCGAGCAGCGUAGUUCCGUACCGUUUAUGAAACAAUUCGAGUGCUUCCAGUGUCGGUUUGUGACGGUCGUGCACAAGGAGCUGUAUCUGCACAAUCGCAAGAUGCACCAGAAGUCGGUGCUGUUUUGUUUGAUUUGCAAGGCGAACUUUUUCAGUUACAGUGAGCUGCUGUGUCAUAUGUGUCCCGGUGUGGCGAAUCGUAUGAGCAUCCUUGACUACUCGUUCCGCUGUUGUGUGUGCAACAUGGACGGUAUACCGUCCGCGUUCCGGCUGAUGGUGCAUCUACGCAAACGGCAUUUUGCGUGCGACGUGUGUCUGGAAGAAUGUCAGGAUCAGGCACGACUUUCAAAUCAUGUUUGGAAGCACAAGCUGAACCAUCUGUGCUACCGCUGCGGAUUAAGCUAUCGCAAUAAGGACGACAUCUUGAAGCAUCUCUUCUGGAAGCACGGCACUGAAGGGGUACUGUGUAAGCGUUGCUUGAAGAAAAAGUGGCCCCAUGUUUACCAUUUCUGUGCACCACCGGCACAGUAUACUUGCGAAGUGUGCCAGGUAUCGUUUGAACGAUCCGUAGCCCUAAAAGUACAUCAGCGAUUGCACAAUGGUGAGGCAAAGUACCCCUGCAUGGAAGAUGGCUGCGAAAAACGUUUCAUUUCGAAGAAGCUGCUUCUUAAACACGUCCAACGGCACUAUCCGGAAGAGCAGCGGUCCAUGGCUGCUGCCGAAGGUGAGGUGAAGACGGAAGAUAAACUGGACGAGGAUAGCACUGCUCCAAAGGAUGAACAACAGGAGCAAACGAAAGCCAUGGUGACGCAAAAUGGUUCCAUUGACGAGCGAAGUGGUAAAGAAGAUGAUUGCCCGGCGUCAGGCACGACUGCUGAACACGGCAAGGACGGACAGAGUGAAGAAAACCCUACAAACACGGUGAAAGAGGAAUCGGAAGUGGCAGAAAGUUCGGCCAAGCUUGAAGACUCUAAAGAUGAGACAAAAGCAAAGCCAAUGGAUGUCACCGAUGCGGUCGUUACCGACAGUAAGGCUGCAUCCGAUCGUGAUUCUGCACAAUCUCAGCCCAGUAUUACCGCACCCGCGAACGAUGUGAACACGACGCCAUCGAAGAAAUCGAAGAAAAAGAGAAAAGGAAAGGACGAUGGCAUGUCGUUAGAUGACUUGAUGGAUCUACCGGCCUUGAAUCUAUCCGAGAGUGACAGCAGUGACGAUUCGGAUAAUGAGAAUUCAAAUGUAAGCUCUGCUUCGAGGCAAUUCAAAAACUGGUCCAAAAGCAGAACCACUGAUAGUGCACUGGUUGCAGACGAUGCGGAUCAGGAAGAUAAUGCCGACCCUUCGACAGAUCCAUCAGGCAGCGAGCUAGUAGGGGAUGGAAGAAAGACUGCUGCUGGCCAGUGGAUGGAUGAGCAGAAAGGUGCAAACUUUGACAAUGAUGAGACGAAAGAAGGUGGGCUGGGCGAAUCGGAUGGCGCCACCGUGUCUGAUCCAAUAGCCAACAUUUGGAACAACUUCAAACGCUUUCAAGCAAACCGCACGAUCAGCCGUCGACAGUCAGCGACAGUGGACGAAGAGCAACGCCAGGAGGACGAGCUGGUCGAGCGAAUGCUGAAGAACACCAUCCUGCACGUGACGCAAUCGGAUCAUGACUACAGCCUGAUGUACAAGCCCAUCAAUGCCGAGGCCGAUAUGAGCGAGUCACAAGAACCGAUUGGAAGGCAGGAGUCGUUACUGCUCAAAUCGAAGGAUGAGCUUGCAAAGGAGAAGGACGGACGACAUGUUGGCAAAACAAACUCUCCUCGGAGGCGCCGUGCUCAUUCAUCGGACAGUGACGAUAGCAGUGGUUCCGAUUCGAGCUGUAACUGUGGGUCCAAUUGCAGCUGUAGCUCCUCUAGCAGUAGUUCCAGCGGUAGUAACAGUUCCAGCUCCAGUUCGGAUUCGGACAGUUCCGACGAUAAUACUACGACAGCAACAACGAACAAAAAGACGUCCUCAUCGAGGCAAAAGAAAGACAAUGGAAAGAUACGUAGCGAUAGCAAAAGGGACGAUGCUGAGGCGCGCGCUGAGCGGGAAGAACAGAAGCCACCACCAGAACCGGCCGAGCCGGUUGAUCCGGACAGCGUGAUCGUUACGUCCGACCUGGAAACCGACGAGUCCGAGACGGAUGAGGACUUUUAUGACGAAAAUCCACAGAAGAUGGCAUCCCAGAUACUGGCCGAGAAGCGCCGGCAGUUGUUUGCACAAACGUACAGCAGCAGUGCGAACAGCAACAGCUCACUGAAUGCAACAAACACGAUGAAUUACGGUAUCGUUGAGAACAGUCGCCCCUCAACGCCUUCGUUGCCACCAGAGGAACAGCAGCAACAACUGCAGCAGGAAGAGUCUGGCAAGAAGAAGUUGAAGAUGAAGAAGCGAAAGCGUGAACGUAAAUCGUCCAAACGGCAGAUGUCACCACACCUCGUUCCAAUGUCUUUGGAAGCAAUGAUGACAGCCGCUUCGACGCAAGGACCACCGGCUAGUGUUGCUGGUGGUAUUUCCGAUCAAUGGGCAACAGGAGCUGGCAAUUAUGUAUCCCACAUGCAGACAAAUCACUCACUAGCGAUGCAGUUCGAUGGGGUAUCAAUCGAAACAUCAGCAACGGAAGUACCGUCGACACCGGGAGCAACACACCCGGGAUCCCUUGGGUUGCCGUAUCCAGGAAUGACCGCAGGAGUGACAGAUGAUUCGUCGAAGAUAAGUACCCCGCGCCUGAGCACCGGUAACAACUCUGAAACGGACGCACCCCUGAAGCGGUCUCAGCGUAGCCGAAAGCCGAACAAGUUCUACGGUUACACGAGCGACGACGAAAGCUUGGCAGGCGCUUUGCCCGGUAUUCCUCUGUCGACAAAUCCGGAAAAAUCAAUCCUCUCGCUCAUGAAACCAACACCACCACCGAACCUCGUGUGGAGCAAAGAAGACCUCCCAUCACCGCCCAGCAAGUCGAGCAAGGUGUCCGGAACCGGUAGUCGGUCAACUCAGCAAUCAACUCCCAUAACAUCGAGACGUAACUCUGGCAUUGGCUUUUCAACGCUGGACGAAUCGUUCAGUGGAAGUAUGGCUGGGCUCGCUCAACAAACGGCGUCACAACCGAUUGCUCCACCAUCGUUGCAGGCUGCCCUGGGAGCAGCGGUGCUUGCCGCGUCCGCUUCGAUGCCAUACUCUUCCUCCUCAUGUCUUACUCCCGAUCAGCGUCCUCCUUUGCCAAAGCUGAAGCUAUCGUUGGGCAAAAAGUCUCGCACAAGUUCCACACCGUCAGCGAAGCGUCCAUUGAAGGCUGCCAAUCGACGUCGCACUUUGACUCCCAAAACUCCCAAAUCAGCACCUCCGAUGGGUGGUGGAUUUGGUGGUAUGGUUCCUGCGGCCCCGUUGACUGCUCCGAUCGCUACACUGUCACCCUUGCCCACGACCGUCGAUGUGGCUACCGGUUAUAUGAUCCCGACCGUACCGGAGCAGCUCCCCAAAGUACCACCCAUCGGCUCAUUCCCCAGUGUGCAGACGGAGUACUUCCGGCCGAACCAAAUCCGUGUACCGGCCGGUUGGCGACCACCGCGUGAAGGUGAAUCCGUCUAUUGCUACUGCCGGUGCCCAUAUGACGAGGUAUCGGAGAUGAUCGCUUGUGACGAUGAAAACUGUCGCAUCGAGUGGUUCCAUUUCGAGUGUGUCGGUAUCAUUAUGCCUCCAAAGGGCAAGUGGUACUGUCCGGAGUGUAUAUCCAAGCAUCCGCCACAAACCGAUGCCGCUGACGAGGAUCAUCUCGGCGGUGGCCAACCGCAGCGGCAACACCCAUCGAUGGCAUUCGCUGCUGCUAAUGGACCCGCUGGGCUGGCGGGGUUGCCACCGCAGCCACCAACGACAUCGUCACUUUCCGGACUGUGGGGCAGCUCACAACCGUAAAAACGCUUAUUACACCUUAUCCACUCUUCAACCAACAAUAUCGUUCACUUAACUUUAAUUCGAUUUUACGGCAACAGGAGUAGGAAGCGGUUAGGGCCCUCUGUUUUAAAUUAGGAUAUCGUUCGUUUGCCCGGGAAUUAGCAUUACGACGCGCUCGUUACACAUACAUCGUACGUAGAAAAGCUAGAUCAACCCAGAGCCCAGGGAUCUCCGCAGGCGGGUCGGUACGGGCUGUAUCUUUGGCUAAUUAUCGUAACAGUAAUAAAACGGACACACGGAAUGCCGUCGCCACGUUGUUCGUUUCCAUCGAGCACCACUUUUUCAUGUUACAAUACUAGAAUUGGCACGACUAACUGAGCAGGCGACGGUGGCGGCAGCAGCACAACGACGGCGUCUGCAACAGUAGAUCUUCCGUGUUUCUGUGCAUGUGUGUCUGUGUGUGUGCGUGUGUGUGAUUGUAAAGGGUGAUCUGUGUAUGAUAAGCGCAUAGAGUUUCCGAUAUCCUGAUUAGAAAUAGUAUCAACCGAAGCGCAGUAGCAGCAGAACGGCGUUUACUUAUAGAAAUAUGCAUCGGAGAGCACUUGGCUAGAAACGAUCAAUCGGUUGGGUGACCGCAGCGUGAAUCUACUCUUGGAGUGCUGCAUUUAAAAGAAGCAGAAAUCUUAUUGAGCUCUCGCUCUUUAACUUUACACUUAACCGACCAUGCUCUAGUGGCUAUUAUUGCAAAGCGUAACAGUGUAACUUCGUCGUCGACGGCGACAAUGACGAUGACAACGAAGAAGCAAACGGGCACCGCGCGCAUAGGAAGGAGAGGUUUAGAUCUCUGAAAACUAUUUAGUGAGGGAAUAAAAGAUAAAAAAAAAUCUUAAUUAUAUAGCAAACCACAAA